AUAUCACAUAAAUACUCUUUAUUAUCACAUAAAUUCCCCUCUUACCUAGUAUACUGUAGCAAAUAACUUCUCCAUCUCCUCCAUUAUUCUAGCAUCUCCUCCAUUAUCUCCCUCUCUUCCAUUAUUACAGUAACUGUUCUCCAUUAUCUCCCUCGCCUCCAACUGUUUUCUCCUUUUUUCCUUUUAUUUUUUCAAUUUUUUUUUUUGUGUCUACUUCCCCUGCUGAGAUUCUUUCUACCCUCUCGUCUCAUCUUUUUCUUUGGGUUCAUGUUUGUGAACCCAGAUUUGAGUUUUUGUUAGUGAACCAAACUCUAGGUUCAUGAACACAAACCCAGAUCUGGGUUUGUGUUCAUGAACCCAAAUAACUUGCUUCACCUUAAUGCAUUUCUGGGUUUAUGUUCAUAAAACUUUCCUCCUCUUCUUCCUCAAAUCAGCCCCUUUCCUCCAUCUUACAUGUUGUUUAGCAUUUGAAAUGAAAAGGGAAAAGAACAUUUAGUUUGCAAUUUGGUACCAUAACAGGAAGUGAGGAUUUAGGUGAAUAAUCUAGAUUUUUUUAUAGACAAAUGCACAAACUUAAACAAACAAUAGGGAACAAGAAUCAUGUUGAUGUGUUUAUUGUCGAAGCAUGCAUUCUCAAUGAAAUAACAGGAUUUUGCUCACGAUAUUUUGGUGCGGAUCUUGAAACAAGUUGGAGUAAGCCCCCAAGGAACUUUGCAGCAGUUCCAUUUUAUAGGAACACAGAAUUCUCGAUAUUUGCGUGCCCUGGUCAUCCAAUGGGUUCACAUUCACAGACACGCUGUCUAACCACUCAAGAGAUGAAGGCAGCUGAACUUUAUGUCCUACUAAACUGUAGGGAAGUUGAUGCACUUCUUAGCAUCUUUGAUCGAGAAGUUGGUGUAUAUAUGACCCCUUUUACUCCACAUGAAGCACACACCAGAAGUUUUGUUAUGUGGUUCAAAGAUAAGGAUACAUAUGUCAGUGAGUGCUCUACUACAUAUGGCUCGGGCUCAGCAUUAUGGCCACCUCGGGACAAUGACGCUUGGGCAACUGCUGUUGAGGGAUGCCACAGCAAUUUCAUGCCAGGAAUUGGUUCACAGGCAUCUCUAUCGCAGCAAUUUGCUGCUUUUAGUGCCUAUGGGAUGCGCUCGCCUAGUGCUACCCCAUCAUUGCCUUACACUGGGCAAGCAUUUCCUCUUGUAGGGACAUCAUUCCUUACUGUUGGGCCAUCGUUUCAUGCUAGUGGGCCAUCAUUUCCUCAUGCAAUGCCAAUGCAAAUGCUAAUAGAACUUGCAUUCCCCAUGGGCCAAAUGGGGAGACAAUCAGGAUCUCCAGGUGCAUCUUCAGCCAAUCCCCUAUAAGAUGAUUAUGGUUACCAGCCAAGAUUUGAUGCAGAUUACCAAGAUCCAUUUGGGCUGAAAUGAUCAGUGUGCAUGAGGUUGUGAACGCAAAAUUUGGCAUGUUCUUGAUACUUGAGGAAAAUACUUCUAGUUUCUGGGUUUGUGAUUUGAACUUGUUAGGACAUAGGUGUAUAUGUCAGUUGGAAUUGAAUGGUUUGUGGUAAUAUUAACUGUAUUAUUAUGACUUGCAAGUUUAGAAUAUGUAAAUGGUCAUGUUAAAUGUUGCAAGUGGUACUUAUAUACUUAUCUUUUAAUUUAUGAUUAUGAGAUGAGAAAAUUAUAUAAGUGGUACAUAUUUAUAAUAAUGCGAUGAAUUGAAA